AUAUCUCAGAGGAAAAGGGAAGUUCUGAGAAACUCUGACACUCAUUGCAUUCAGUUACUGAGCCAGUGGCUGCAUCCGUGUAGACUGCUCAGAGUCCACAGAUUGCAGCUCAUUAUUAUACCUGAAGGCCCCAGGGAGCUACAGAUAUGUCUUUCCACAGCUUUCUCUUGGAACCAAUCAGCUGUCAUGCGUGGAAUAAAGAUGGAACACAAAUUGCAUUUUGCCCCAACAGUCACGAUGUUCACAUCUAUAAGAAGGAUGGAAUUAAAUGGACUAAAAUCCAUGAGCUAAAAGAACACAAUGGACAAGUGACAGGUAUUGACUGGGCUCCUGAGAGUAAUCGCAUCGUCACCUGUGGCACUGACAGGAAUGCGUACGUGUGGACUUUGCGUAACAACGCAUGGAAACCGACUUUAGUCAUCCUGCGUAUUAAUCGCGCUGCUCGCUGCGUCAAGUGGUCUCCCAAGGAGAAUAAAUUUGCUGUGGGCAGUGGCUCCAGGCUCAUCUCCAUCUGCUACUUUGAGCAAGAAAAUGAUUGGUGGGUCUGUAAACACAUUAAGAAGCCAAUCCGUUCUACUGUUCUAAGCUUGGACUGGCAUCCAAACAAUGUCCUUUUGGCAGCAGGAUCAAGUGAUUUUAAGAGCAGAAUAUUUUCAUCCUAUAUUAAGGAAGUAGAGGAACGCCCAGCUCCAACUCCAUGGGGCUCCAAAAUGCCUUUUGGAGAGCUGAUGUUUGAGUCCAGCACCAGUUGUGGAUGGGUGCAUAGUGUCUCAUUUUCCCACAGUGGAGACCGUAUGGCAUGGGUGAGCCACGAUAGCACCAUUUGUAUUGCUGAUGCCACCAAGAAGAUGAGGGUUGCAUCCCUGAACACCGACACACUGCCUCUCCUGUGUGUGACCUUUAUUACUGAGAACAGCCUGGUUGCUGCCGGUCAUGAUUGUUACCCAAUGCUUUUCACCUAUGAUGAUGCUCAGGGGAGCCUGAGUUUUGGGGGGAAAUUAGAUGUCCCCAAACAGAGCUCACAGAAGGGACUGACUGCACGAGAGAGAUUCCAAAAUCUGGAUAAGAAAGCCAGCUCUGAUACCAACAAUGCCUCCAUGGAUUCACUGCACAAGAACAGCAUCAGUCAAAUCUCUGUGCUGAGUGGAGGCAAAGUAAAAUGUUCCAAAUUCUGCACCACUGGAAUGGAUGGAGGAAUGUGUAUCUGGGACAUUAAGAGUCUGGAAUCUGCACUGAAAGAUUUGAAGAUAAAGUGAUCAGAAAAUUAAAUUUAAAACCUAUACAAAUAAUUUUGCCAGUCUGCUUCAAUGUAAAUGUCUAUACUCAAAGCUUUAAUACAUGUUAGUCUGAGCUUUUAAAGGUCAGAUUUCAUAUUGCGAUGCAAAUGAUAUGCUUUACGCAGCCUUAAUGAGAAAACAAAGUAUGCUGGUCAUAAGUUUAUUUCACUUUAUCAAAUUGAUUAAAGUUUUAGAAUUUUUAUAACUAA